AAACAUUCAUCGAAGCGAGAACAAUGCCUCGCACCUUCAACAACUCAAAGUUCCUGAGCUCUGUGGCCCAAAGGCCGUCAGCCCACCUGACUCUCAGAGACACCAGCUCUCAAGGGUUCCCGCCCUUCCAUAUUCCAACACCGGGUCUCCACCAGUCCUGUCGUCACGUGGUCCGUUCCUGGGCCAAUCAGAGCUUUGGCGCUCACCUGCACAACAUGAGCCUGAGCAACGGGAAGCUGCGAGUGCCUCAGGACGGGCGUUACUACCUGUACUCCCAGGUUUAUUUUCGGUAUCCGUCCCCAGCAGCAAGCGAUGGGGACCAGCGCAGUGUCAGUCACCAGCUGGUGCAGUGCGUCUACAAGAAAACCUCCUAUCCAAGCCCCAUACAGCUCCUGAAGGGUGUGGGGACCAAAUGCUGGGCUCCUGACGCCGAGUACGCCCUGCACUCCGUUUACCAGGGAGGACUGUUCGAGCUGAGAGCCGGCGAUGAGCUGUUUGUCUCCGUCUCUUCUCCCACAAUGGUCAACGCAGAUGAUUCCUCCAGUUAUUUUGGUGCCUUCCGUCUGGAUCUCUAAAGAAACACAAUGGGAGACAACCUGCGUUUUGAACUCUCAUUGAUUGUAAGACGUGUUCUCCUGGAUCUUAGAUCCUCGUUGUGUGCCUGGACAGAUACACUGAAGAUGGACUGAUGAGGCUGGGGGUUUCAUGAACUACCCUGAGUGAGGAACACUGAGAAGAUUGGGUGAAAGGAAAAAAAUAAAUAUUGGAUUUGUCUUUCCUCCUUUCCAUUAAGAGAAAACAACAAACCGUUGAGAUUUUACAGAGAUGUGCAAUGGCAAAUGUGUGAACUGAUUUUUAUUUUUUUUCUGAGGAGGGAAUUUGCUGUUUCGAUUCUACAGAAGAAGAUUCUUUGAGAUUGUACCUU